AUGUCCCGCUCGUCAAUCUGGAAUGAGGAGGAGAGAGAAUUUCUCAGCACCUUCGCUACCGAAUACUCCAACGCCGGCAGCGAUAAGCAGACUUUCUACGGGUAUGUAUGGGGCCUGUAUCUUCGCAAGUUCCCUGUGAUGCCUACCGAAGAGGAGAAGGCCGCAUGUGGUGGAGACUGGAAGAAGGCGCUUUCGCUCGGUAGUUGUGCUGAACGCCGUGCGCGGCGACUCGCGUUGGUUUACUGGUACCAGAAUAAUGGAAAGCGCUUGGCACUCUCAGCAAAUCCUGCUCUUGUACCCCCACCGCGCGUUCGGAUGCUCGAUCUUUCCAACAAGGAGAGGAGAAAGCCACAGCCUUGCCACGCAUGGCUACGCCUCUUCUACGACAAGCCCGAGGUGAGGGCCAAGUUUGAGGCAGCCUGGGAGGCCGCGAAGACGGCCGGGUGGUCGAACAAGAAAAUGGUAUCGUUUCGUAACAAGUGGGCGGGGGACAAGCUUCAAGUGGCUGAUGCUGAGACGUUGGCGGCGGUGAACACAUACCGUGAGAAAGGAUACCUCAAGGACGACGCUCAGCGAUACAUCGACGUUGACCCAGAGGACGAUGAUGAGAUGGUUCACGCGAAGCAGAUUCAAGAGUACUUGGAUAACCUUCCGCAUACACUCACACGCGUCGCAGAGAGCCUCCACAAGCAGACGGGAUGGUUCUUCAGUAUCACUUGCGGAGGGCCCUUACCUCGGGCAAAUGGGGAUUUAAAUACUUUGCAUCAUUCUAUCGGAAAAUGCAAGCAAGGGCUCGAAUGGGCAUCUUGGAACUCGGAUCAAAAAACCAAUAUCGCCAAUUUUCGACAGUUUCUUGACGCAUCUUUCAGUGCGUAA